AUGAAAAGAACAGAAGAAGAUAUACAACUACCUAAAUUCGCGGUUAAAAUCCGCAAAGAUGUGUAUCAGUUCAGAAUAGGUAAAAGCAAAUUAGUAGGUAAAAGGUUUAUUGAAAAGUUACGAAGUGUUUGCGCUCUAGCUGGGCAUAGAUUGAAUGCUAGUAUGAUAAAGAAGAUCGCGGAGUAUCUUAAAAUAGAAGGAGACCCUCUAGAAGGUUGUUUUGAGCGAUAUCUUUGCAAAGCAUUCAUAGAAUAUUAUAAGCACAAACAAAACGAUCUCCACCGAAAGUUUAUUCUCGCACAUAUACUUAGAUAUAUGAGAGACAAUGGAAUAAAGUAUCAAAAGAGUAACUUCGAAGAUUAUGGUAUGAUUAUAGGUUCAAGAAUUUGGCAUUCGUCAAGGGAAAUAGAGAAGGAAAUGAUAAAAGAUAAUGAUGUAUCUACAACCAGUAACUCAAAUCCAACUCUCGUAUCAAGUACUACAACAUCAUUGCCAAGUAAUAGAGACCCAAAAACCCCCAUAAAUAUAGACAAUACAACACCCAAUGGUGGUGAUUCAAUGAUGGCUAUAGUAAGUGAUACGAUACCAUUGCAAUCUGACGUCCAAUCAACGCCAAUCUUGAACCAAAGUGAUUCCAAUCUAAAUGCGAAUCAAGAUCCAAUGGAUACGAGUGACGACUCUGCCAUUUCAAAUAUGUCAAAAAAAAGAUUAUCUAAUAUCUCUGACCGAAUGGUUCUUGACUCAACUCCUCCAAUGCCAAAUACAACUCCACUAAACAACAAUAAUAUCAACAACAGAGAAAGCUCUACUCCUCCAACAAAUAAUAACAAAAAGGGCAAAAAAGAUAAAAAUAGUAGUACCUCCAACACAAACCCACCCCAACCUUCAUUACAGUCUCAAUAUGCCAACAUUCCUGUUAAUAACUAUUAUUUGUUAAAGAAAAAGCAAUCAAUUACCGCUGCAAAAAGAGAAGCAUCGGUUAAAUACUUUGCCGAAUAUAGCAGCGUAUUCAAGUCAUCAGCUCAUGAUGUUUGUGUUCUUAAAAGAAAAUCAGUAAAUAAUCCGGAAUCGGAUACGAGAGUAGUUAAAACAUACUCGAUGGGCAUCAAGGAGCUAUAUUACUUUUACCUACUGCACACAAAGGGGUAUAAAGUACCAGAAAAAAAGGCUAAUAAAAGACCUGGAAAAGAACCAGUCAAUCCAUUCAAAAAAAAUUAUACAUCUGGCUCAGACAACUACCAUUAUAUGUAUAAUAUAGGUGGCCAGUUUGUAGGUGAAGAAUUGAUGGAUUCCGUUUCAGAUUUUGCCAAGGAAUAUCAAUUUGUUCCAAUGUGCUUAAAUACCUUUAAAAAGUACCUUCCUCCACAUAUAAAGAGGGCAAAAAACAGGAAUGACAUGUGUAAUACAUGUGAAGAUCCAAAUAUAUCAAGUGGUGAUAAAGAUAAACACAAAAAAGCAGCUGGGGAACGAAGAGAUUUAUACAAAUAUCAAAAAAAAAACCUCAAUAAUGGAGAAGUUAUGUUUACCAUAGAUUUUAAACAAAACAUCAACAUUAACAAGUCACAAACUGAAGUAGGCAAACAGUUUUACAAUGCUGUCCAUAGAUCUUUUUAUGGCAUUGUAAUGCACUACAAGGAAGGCAAUCAAUAUAAAAAAUAUGUGUUUGGAAAAGAAUUCAUGGAUUUGUUUGGUUGUACAAGGAAAGAGGAUUUAUUUGGAAAGGAUGGAAAAAUUAAAAAAUUUAUUAUUUGGUCAGAUAAUGGACCAACUUUUAAAAACUUUGAAUGGAUUUAUAAGGUUUGGCAACUUGGUAAAACUAUCAAUUGCAUUCCAAUUGAUUUGGAAUUCUUUUCUCCGAGCCACGGCAAAUCAGAUUGUGACAUUUUUUUUGCACUGAUUUCUCAAACAGUAAAGAGAUUUCAAAGCCAUCCCGACUCAAAUCAUCAAGAUAAUAGAACAACACAAAAUAUGGUUGAUAUAUUAAACAAAAGGCUAACCGAGUAUGGUUUGGACACUAGAAAAAAAGGACAUUAUCGAGCCACCGUUUAUAAUUUCCCCUCCAUCACAGAAUUUCAAGAGUUUAUCCAAAGUUGCAAUACUUUUAAAACUCUUGACGCCUUUUAUGAAAAUAUUGGUGUGGCCCUUGGAAAAGAUGUUGAAGAGAAUGAACACACACUUUCAACCUCACAAUCUAAACUUCAAAGAACUCUCAAUGCACUACAAGAUGCGUAUAAAGAAGUAGAACCAUCAGAUACAUACAGUGAAUAUAGAGUAUAUUAUCCUUCCCCACAAAAACCAGCUUUUUUAAACAAGACCUAUAGUUUUAAAACAAAAAUGGAAAAUGGAGAAUACUCAAUCUUUUAUCGACCAUGCGACAAUGAUCCUACAAUCCAAGAUGAUAAACCCGUUGAGGAGGUACCAGAAGAAGAAGAAAGUUCCAGACAAACAGAAACAAACAACAAUAAUGAAAAAGAAAACAACAAAGUUACAUCGAAUAAUGAUGCCAGUAAUUCAACCAAACAACCAACAAGAAAUAAUAAUAAUGUACAACAGGCUUUAAAGAAGGCAAAUAUAAAGUUUUUCAUCAAAAAAAUCAUCGUUAAUCAAGCUCCAAACAAAGAAACAAAGAUUGGACAUGAAACACCUGCCAACAAGGGUCCAAAGCCAAAAAAACAACAGGAAACAUCAAAAACUACUACAAUUGAAAUACCACGUGUUGUAAGAAUGACAAAUAUACAUGAUGCAGUUGUUUCGGACUAUGUAGAAGAGAACGAGACACCAAAAUCACCUCAACUUCCAAAAUUACACUCACCAAAACAAACCAAAAAAAAAAAUAAGAAAAAAAAUAACAAACCAAAUAAUAAUGAUACAGAUAUAGUACUACCAGACAUUCCAAUCAACAACACACCAAUUCCAACAAAAGAAACAAAAAAUAAUCAUCAAAACCCCACAAAUAGGGCUACCUCUUCUAGAACAAAUAUCAAACCACCAACUACAUAUACUCCAUCAAAACAUAAUCAAAAGAAAGUCCCCGGUUAUGCCACCGCUAAUCAUGUUUCUAACAACAUCGCCCGUGCCGCUCACCUGAGCUUAUUUCUUCCAAAACCCUCCGAUAUACACUACUUUGGUCCCCAUUUUAGUAGAUUGUGUGUCAACACUAUGGUACUCUGCGUAUCAUACACCAUUCAACCGAAUCACCCUUAUGAUUAG